AUGUAUAAAGGGAAUUUACCAUUGUCACAGGAGAGUCGACAGGUUGCAAGUGAACUGGAAGGUUUGUGGGAUGAAAAUGCGGAAAAGUAUAAAUGUUGCUGUCGUACAGUACAUGUCAAGAAGGCGUCGUUGUUCAUCGGAUAUGCUCAGAUGUGUAUCACAGUAUUCGCUGUCCUAUUUGUUUUAUUCUACUAUCUUCAGGCGCUGAAUGGCAAUGCUGACCCAGAGCACUGGUUAGGACAGUUGAAUAAUCGCUAUCUCAUUUAUUUAUUUGCCGUUUGCAGUAGAAAAUUUUGGAUUGGCGAAAGUAACGAAUACUGUUUUCAGCUUGUACACGAUCUGAUCAGCUUCCUCGAUGAGCAUAAUUCACAGGUUUAUAAUAUCCGACAGCUAAACGCUCAUUUGAUUGGCACGCUCAUUCAUGUUUGGUGUGUGGCUGUCAUUUGGCGUUGCUAUGGCUUCUUGGGAGACAAGAAGGUAGCACGUCAGAUAAGCAGUCAACUUUCCACUACACAUCUCGCGUUCCACUAUGGCGACAUUCCUUAUGGAUACGUUGCAAUGCCGCAGCCUCCUCCAUAUGCCGAUACUGUUAUCAGUGCAGACAAGCAACCCUUAACAAUUGCCUAA